ACAAGCACAACAAAUGAUUGAUCUGCGACGUAGAAAUCCGAUCUAUUUCAAUUGUUUAUUAGAUAGAUUAGACACAAUAGCAACACAAAUAUGGGAUAAGCUUCAUUGUAUUUGUAAUAAUUUUAUAGAUCGCCGAUUAAUUCAGGAUUUUUAUCGUCAGUUAGAGACAGACAUUAUGUGGAAUCAGCAAUUAUUAAAGGAUAAUGAUUUGUCGCUUCCAAAAUUCAAUGAAGUUUGCUCAAUUGCAAAUAAAUUUGGAUUAAAAGGAAAGCUUACAGGUUUUACAGGGGGAUACGUAUACAUUCUUCUAUCACCAAAGGUUACAGACGAAACAAUCAAUAAAAUUAAGGCACAAUUCUUGAAGCAACGUAUCGAUUGCAUAUCUUCCACCUUUGAUAUCGAUGGAGUGAAAAUUGAUUGAAUAAUUCUACUCUAAAAUUAUAGCGACUCCAUACAACAAGAUUGCAGCAGUAUUGUGGCAACAUUUCACUGCAAUAUUACAGCAUUGCAUAAACAUUGUGAAAUAUUGCAGCAAUUUUGCUGCAAAGUUGCAGCAACGAUAAAAUGUCCGC